CACGAUCCACAAGAGUACGGAUGUUUUUGUUAACUUGGACCCAUUGAUACUGUAAAAGGAAUCAACACUUCUAUCAUAUAAUGGAUGUUCAGCCUGGUCACUGCUGGUGUUGUGAGAAACUUCUACCCGCAUGUUUUGUGCAAUGCAGGGGUUGCCCUUUGGGGCAGUACUGCUGCUCCUCAUGCCAAAAAAGAGACAAAGUCAGACACAGCUCCGUCGAGUGCCAGGUAUUUGGCCCCAAGAAAUGCAGCAACUGUGGCAAUACUGGUGUGCAGAGUGUAACAACGCUUGGUACUGCAAUAAGGAGUGUCAGACGAGGGACUGGAAGGCAACCCACAAAAAGAAAUGUCGUGGAGUUAAAGAAAACAUUAAGACACUUGCCACUUCACUACUUAGACAAAAAACAUUCAGCAGAAAUGCGGAAGCCCCUUAUUAUUUUGGGAAUACCCUUGCAAGAGACUUUCUCCAACUUGACAACAACGAAUGGUCUGGUGAGGUUGUGACUGAAGAAGACAUGGCAAGGGAUUAUCAUGUCUUGUCUGCUGGUUGUGGUGACCUAAGGGAUACAGUCCUAACAGCUGGUUCACUUCCUGACAGGUACCAAGGAAAGCUUCACGUAACUCUCGAUGACUUUGAUCCUUUUGUCAUGGCGAGGAAUGUCUUGUUUCUCUAUAUGUUGGUUCGGUUUGCAGACACUGAGGGAAUUGAGAGCAGUCUGACUACCCUCUGGUACUCAGUUCACAUCACAAAGAAAGAGUAUGACUUGAUCAAGACCAGCUUGGAUGAGCUCAUUCAGAUGGAUGCCAAUAGUCUCCAUGACACCACAAAAGGACUUGUGACAGUUUCAAAUAAAGAACUUGGCUGUCUUUGCCAAGUAUGGGUCAAGUGGAGAUCGUUUAAGUGUGAUCGGGCCAAUAGCAAAUGUAUUAAUCUAAGAAAACAGAGAAAUGCAUUGUUUAAGACAGAGCAGGUAAAAUCACAAAAACUACCACUCUUUCUUGAGUUACAAUCUGCUAAAGAAAGUAAGCUGAUGGAAAAAUGGUUCGAUCAUGGAAUGUUUCUCCCAAAAGAAACACAACAUAAAGAUAUGCCCUUUGACAACCCAACACUAACAGGGCGCCAAGAUUUGGCCAAGAAAUUUGGGUUUUUUGAAGUGGAUGAACUCUUCAAGGAUCCAAAAGAUCACACUUUUGAGUACUGUAUUCGAACCGACACAUUUCCUUUUAGGGUGUGGGACUGUUUGAGAGUGAGGGAGUCUGUUCUGGAACCCGGCUCAUCUCCUAUGGUGAUGUUCCAUAAUUAUGUGACGAGCCUUCUCAGAAAGGUGAAAGAUAUCAUUUUGCAGGGGCGACUGUACCUUCAUGUUUCCUUGGUGGACUGUCUGCAGUUUCAUCAAUAUCUUGAGUCCCUUGAUGUGAUGCCGAAAUAUGACCGUAUCUUUACAUCUAACCUAGCUGACUUUCUUGGUUUCACUAAUCUUCUCCUACUCUUCAAGCCAUUGUUGAACUCUGAUAACAGCUUCUCAGUUAUUGUCACUAUGACAAUGAACUGGAUUCGAUUUUUACCCGAGGCCAACAUUGUUGGACUCGACAAAAUUAACCCACAGGUGUUUAAGAAAUGCCUGAAUGCAUACUUGGCUGCAUUAGAACGACCAACCCAGCUCAUCAACUACAACUUCAUGAGAGAGUACUUCAACAACACGUCCUCAUUCCUGGAGUUCCUUAGAGCAGACAUCAUGGGAGGGGGGUUUGAGAUACCCCCACUCAAAGAUGUACCAUCACUGACCGAUGUCAUGAGGUACAAUGGGAUGAAGAUGCGUGACUUCAGGAAAGAGAAGAACAGACUUGUCCCAUUUAUAAAUCGUGUCCGUGCACAUGCUUUAAACAUGAUGGAUGGACAGACCACAGCUGUGGAGUGGUGUCUACCACACCUGUAGUUGGCCAAGAUACCUUGCAGGAAAAUACUGUAUGUUAAAGCGCCUUGUGUGCGUCACUGAGUGAUGGAUAUGAGCGCUAUAUAUAACAUAAGAAGCUACUAUCAUUAUGUAAAAGAAAUCAAUUCAUUUAAUUUCAACUCAUUUUGUCUAACCAGUGUCGCUAAAGUGUAGUACCUUAACUGUUAGAAGGUACAGUGCACAACAUAAAUGGGUCUCAUAAUUCAAAAUGUUUUCCUUCUUUUCCUGCUGAAAAACAAAACAUUUUGAUACGCCACUAGAGGUGUGAUAAAGCACUAGAUAAGAAGCCAAUAUAGAACUACAGGGAGAACUAAGUUGUUCUCCUACACAUGCACUUGAUUAUAUACAUUCUGUACUGUCCCAACAUGGACACAAAUCCAUGUGUAAAUUUUGACCAGAUUUCUACCUACAAAUGAAAAAAAAAAAGAAAAAAAGAAGUUAUUUGUCAUGUUUGUGUGAACUUGUGUCACGUACGUAAACUGUGUAUGGGUCACGGGUGAGUACCACUCUCUCAAUGGCUUCCAGCUUGUCGGGCUUUGACACAUGGUUUUGUACGUUGUAUGCCCUCUAAUGUAGUUGUGUACAUUGUAUGCCAUUACAUGUAGUUUAAUAGUUCUACUUGUACAACAAACAUGUUAAUCAUCAAGUUUUAGAGUAUGCUGUAUUAUAUUAAUAGGCGCUAUUUAUAUUAUCAUUAUUACUAGAAAAUUUCAGUUUCAGCUUUGGUUUUAAAUAAUACAUAAAACCCGCAGCUAAUGAGAAUCGUGUCCAAAUCUUGGCACACACUCAGUGGAUUAGUCGUCUCAAGAAACAUUAUUGAGAGUUUCCAAAGAAGAGUUUGCGAUGCUUUUAAACACCAAACACAAAGCGACUUACUGCCAAUUAGUUUAAUAUAUUAUUGACAAGUAGUCAAUUCAAGUGCCAUUCAUAGACUUUGCAAGACCUUACAAGUGUUUUAAUUUUUCAGGCCAAGUUGGUCUCAUGUAAAGUUAAAUGUGUCAUAUUCUGUUUCUUUAAAUAAAUUUGAUUCACAAAAGUUUAUGGUUAUAGAAAUUAUUUAUACUGUUUGGAAAGUUUAACGAUGAAAUAUUUUACAGUAAAACAUUUUUAUAAUCACUGAAGAAAACCUGAGAAUAAGACCUGACUUUCAAUUUCAAAUGUUUACCAUAUUAUUAUCAAACCUACAGUUGCACUCACUCAUGCUUGAUUCGCGUAGAUCUUAAAAAAAAAAAAACAUCCUCUUAGUUUUAAUUUGGUUUCAAUGAUAGUUUUAACAAUUUAUUUGUAUUAAAUUCAAAUUCAUAAAUACCUCAGACAGUUUCGCUAUUCCUGCGCGUCA